GGCUACUACGGGGGCGCGGCGCUCGGGUCGCGGACGCUUCUGAUUGGUGCUUUGGAGCAGUGGGGCGGGAUUCUGCUUACAGCCGCGGGAGGUCCGGACAGUGGCGGCCAUGGGACUCACGGCCCCGUCCGAGCUCCCUCUAAGGAUCCUCAGGAGCUUCUACUAAUAAGGGAGUUUACUGGCCAUGACUGAGAAUUUUGAGGACUUCUUGACUUUGUCAUUUACGUUGCUUGAGUAGGGACGUUUUACAGUUUGCUUAACAUGUAUCGCUCGGAGAGAGAAUUCACCAGAUUUUACAGCCUCUCUUCACUUAUAGAAGCCAAGAUUCAGUGACAGAAGACACAUUUCUUAACAGGCUUGCUCUGAGAACUGAUGCGUGAACCACCUCAGCAUGGCCAAUAGAAGAGGAGGUGGGCAAGGCCAGCCUCCUUCAGUGUCUCCUUCCCCCGGUAGCUCCGGAAGUCUUUCCACUGAUAGGACCUGCACUCAUAAUAUAUGCAUGGUGUCUGACUUUUUCUACCCAAACAUGGGAGGUGUGGAAAGCCACAUUUACCAGCUCUCUCAGUGCCUCAUUGAGAGGGGGCACAAAGUCAUAACUGUCACCCAUGCUUAUGGAAAUCGAAAGGGCGUCCGUUACCUCACCAAUGGCCUCAAAGUUUACUAUUUGCCUCUGAGAGUCAUGUACAACCAAUCUACAGCCACGACUCUCUUUCACAGUCUGCCAUUGCUCAGGUACAUAUUUGUUCGGGAGAGAAUUACGAUAAUCCAUUCCCACAGUUCUUUCUCUGCCAUGGCCCAUGAUGCUCUCUUCCACGCCAAGACAAUGGGGCUUCAGACAGUCUUCACAGACCAUUCCCUUUUUGGAUUUGCUGAUGUCAGCUCGGUGCUUACAAACAAGCUUCUUACUGUGUCUCUUUGUGACACAAACCACAUCAUUUGUGUCUCUUACACUAGUAAGGAGAACACUGUACUCAGAGCAGCACUGAAUCCUGAAAUAGUGUCCGUCAUUCCUAACGCUGUAGAUCCUACUGACUUCACUCCAGAACCAUUUAGGAGGCAUGAUAGUGUAAUAACUGUUGUUGUUGUCAGCAGACUUGUUUACAGAAAAGGUAAUAACAUAGUAGCUUUAUUUGCAUUGACAGCUUUUUUUUUAAAUUUCUUGUCAGAAACUGUUCAAUACUUGUAUGUGAUGAUUACUUGUCUUUUUAUUCUGUAUGGUGGCUUUAUAAUGACUGGUAAUUCUUGCAAGGGAAGGUCAGAUAAUCAGUUUAUACAUCUAAGAAGAGAAAUGGAUAAAAGCGGCUAUAAAUGCUGCCCCAACCUUUGAGGUUGUAAUGGUUACCGAACAAAAGAAAGCCAUUGACCAGAUGUCCUCCAAUCAGAUCUUUGUAAAAAUUCAGAGAUCUCUGUGCAGGUAAGAAUGUGCUGUGUGGCCUUUUCUUGUUUGAUCACAGAAGUAAUGGCUUCUUAUUGCAGGCAUUUGCAAAGCACAUCUGUGACGAUUUCAUUCAGAGAUGGCCCUAAUGACUAUUUUCAUGGCUGACUUUUGUCUUUUGUGCACCUGUACCUGGUGUUCAGAAUCAGUGGGCCUUUUGGCCCCAUGGAUAUCCCGUGGCUUGCUGGUUUUAUCUACGAUAUGCAAGGCACUAAUAUCAGCAGUCAAGUGAUAGAAAGGAGUAGAGUGGCCUAGAGUCAAAACCUGGUUCAUCGCCCAUCUAGGACAGGUUACUCAAUAGAUCUGUGUCGGUUUUUUAUUUGUCACAGCAGGAACUUUGUGAAGGUUCAGAGACAGCUCUUAAAAAGAUCUCUGCCUAGGUUACUUUCCACCCCAGUCCGCCUUUAUCCCUCAGGAGUAUUUUGUUCUCCUUGCUGACUUUCAAGUUUCUGUGGCCCUAAUGGUCCCCACUGUAGCAUUUGUGUUUGUUACACAUUUGAAACAACCUGCUUAUUAACAUAGAAAUGGUCUCCCAGAUGCUAGUUGAAAAAAAAGCUGUCCAAUAAUCAGAAAUAUCGUUUGAAGUUGGGGAGGGCAGUAACAAAUACUACAUAGUCCCCUUAACUAUUUGAUUUUUAAACAUUUGUGCACACGCUGAAUGUAGGGACCUUAGUUUAGAGCUCUAGGUCUUGGGAUUAGCUCACUGACUGCCUAGGUCAUAUUGCAUGGUUGCCUUCAUAGAGCAUACCGUUGCCACUCUGGGUUUCCUUUAAAGGGAUGGGAGUGGGGCUAAAGUGUUGGGAACAAUGUCCUGGUUUUUUAAUUUGCUUUCAGUUUUAUUCCAGUUUAGAUUACCUCUCACCUGACAAGGACAUUUUUUUCCCUGAUAUUCAUUUAUUGGCUUUUCAAGCUAUUUAGCUUCCAUAGAAAUUUGUCAGCUUAUGCACUAUUUAAUUAUUCAAUACAGUCAUAAGGAAAGUGGGCAUCCGAUGAAUUUGUGCAGAAAUGCCAAGAGGGUAUGCUGGGCCACAUGGCAAUAUAUUCAGGAGUCGGCAAUGGCCAGUCUAGGUAGAGGUUUUAAGUAAUUAAGUAAGUGGAGGUUGGUUAGAAAACUUGGACUCAGUUACAUAUUCUGAGGUGAAGGAAAUUGUGUCUUUGUAUUUUAUCAAGAUGAUAUGAAUGGAGUUCUGUAUUUUAAACCCCUGCCGGGAUAUUGUUGAUGUUUUUAUUAUAACUUUAAAAUCUUGCCCAACUUAUUUUGUAAUUAAAUAGCUUAGCUUGGUGAGAUAAAGGCAAAAGAAUGAUGGUGUGUGUGAUUGGAGAGAGCACAUUUACUCAUACAAAGGUUAAACAGCCUCUGUUAUCUCAGGAGUUCUAACUGUCGGAGCUAACAUCAAAGUUACGGCCUUUCCUCUUUUUUUCUUUUGCCUGCCUUUCUUGCUUGCUUCUUUCUUGCUUUCUUCUGUUCUCUUUCUUUGCUUUCUUCGCUUUCUCAAGGCAGGGUUUCUCUGUGUAGCCCUGGCUGUCUUGGAACUCACUCUAUAGUCCAGGCUGGCCUCGAACUUAAAAAGCUCCAACCUCCUCUGCCUCCCAAGUGCUGGGAUUGAAGGCCUGUGCCACUACUGCCUGGCCCUUUCCUGAUUUCAGUUCAGUUACUCAAUAAAUAUCUACUGAACCUUCUCCAAAGGCCAGGUACCCUGUAAAAUGUAACACAAGGAGGAAUGCCACAUCUAUGGCCCAAAUAUGACUAGUUAUAUUAAUGGUCUGUUCUUCUUAAUAGGGUAAUUCCCUUGGGAGACGUUCAGUGGCCCAGAUUUGCAAGGCCCAUUGACGUAGAUUAAGAGGAUAAAGCUGUGUUCUCCUUGCCCAGCUUUCGUGGAGAAAAGGCUGGCUUCUGAGCCUUGUUCUUUCCAUGUAGUUGUGGCUUCCCACUGUUCUCUGUGGGUGCAGGCCACCCCAGAUACUUGCUCUAGUGGUAAUGACAACUUAACAUUUGUAUUCUGCAGUUGCUAAAGCCUGUGCAUGGUACAGUACCUCACUUGCCCCAACAACUGUAGGGUAGAUGUUACCUGCAUGUAACAGACAAAGAAACAGUCCCAGAGAGGGGACUGAUUUGCUUAGUGGUAUAAUACCUGAACUCUGUCAGAAAUACCAAGAAUUAAACUUCCUGAUUGGAGGAGAGGGACCAAAGAGGAUCAUUUUGGAAGAAGUCCGGGAGAGAUACCAGCUGCACGACAGGGUGCAACUUUUGGGAGCUUUAGAACACAAGGAUGUUAGAAAUGUCCUAGUUCAAGGACAUAUUUUUCUUAACACCUCCCUCACAGAAGCAUUCUGCAUGGCAAUCGUGGAAGCCGCCAGUUGUGGUUUGCAGGUCGUCAGCACAAAGGUUGGUGGGAUUCCUGAAGUCCUUCCAGAAAAUCUUAUUAUUUUAUGUGAGCCUUCAGUAAAAUCUUUGUGUGAAGGUCUGGAAAAAGCCAUUUUCCAAGUGAAGUCGGGGACAUUGCCUGCUCCAGAAAAUAUCCACAAUGUAGUGAAGACUUUCUACACCUGGCGGAAUGUGGCAGAGAGAACUGAAAAAGUGUAUGAGCGAGUGUCAAAGGAAUCCGUGUUGCCAAUGCACAAGAGAUUGGACAGGCUCAUCUCUCACUGUGGCCCAGUGACAGGCUACAUUUUUGCUUUGCUGGCCGUGCUCAGCUAUCUCUUCCUCAUUUUCCUGCAAUGGAUGACUCCAGACUCUGUCAUUGAUGUUGCAAUAGAUGCUACUGGGCCAAGGAGAGCCUGGACUCAUCAAUGGCCUCGUGAUAAGAAAAGAGAUGAGAAUGAUAAAGUAUCCAAAAGCAGGUAGAAGCAAGCCCAAAUUAACAAGUCCUAUUAGAUACUUGCAAUAGUCCUGUUAGCAUUUGAAAAUAAUUUUGCUCAUUGUUUUUGGGUUUUCGAGUUGGUUUUGUAAAUUAUGCUACCUCUGUAUCGUUCACUUUUGUUUUUGAAAAAAGAUUCUUAUGCAAUUCCUGAGUGUGGGAACUCCUUGCACUUCUUUAAAAGUUAGGGGAUAAUGGUUUAGCCACUCAGGUAGGACAUUUUUCAGAUUACUGAGAUCCCUCUAGCAGAGAUGUUUUAACAUUAUUUUUGGGAGCCUUGGGUGCUGAAAGGCCAAAUGUUUCUGGGUCUUUUUUGGCCAGUUUUUAACGUUAUACCAUUAAUUCACAUUUACCAGAUGUUUACAAGCUUUCUUUAGGGAGGUACAACAGUUGUGUGAACUGUUUUAAGUCAAGGUCAUGUAUCCUUCAUUGGACAUUGAAGUCAUGUUCCUAGACACUUCCUGGGUCGACUCAAGGGAUGCAUGUAAUCUAAUUUCUUGAGCAAGACCAUCUCUUGGUUGCCAGCAUGUUUAAACCCUUGCUAUAUAUGAAAGUUGAACUAAAUGGUUCCUGAGACUAAGGACUAGUUAACAAGAAGUGGUAAAAAGAACAGCCAACAUACCAAAUGCUCAAGCUACUGAAUGACAGGAAAUCAUCAUUGGCAUACUCCAAGUACCUCUCUGAACCUGUUUUAUGUAUAUGCAGUC